CCACGCUCGCUCAGCGCUUCCCCUCAGCUCCAGGCUCGCGCAGCGGUGUUUCAUUAGAGCCCCGGACACGGGCCACUCGCCAGUAACUUCCCUGCCAGGAGCGAGAUUUACGACCCCACCCCCCGCCCCGGCUCUCGGCCUCCCAAUGUCAGGCAGGAGCGCCGCACCAUAAAAUGGAUCCCGGCCGGCGCUGCGGCGGCGGCGGCAGCCAGGCGGCGGGUUCCGGGGCGGCGGGGCCGCGGCUCCCGAGGUUCCGCGCUGCGCCCGGGCGCACACGCGUGUCCUGAUCGCGGACGACUCUCCGGCCAAGCAGAGCCGCCCCUCUCCCUGCCCUCGCGCAACUGUCAGGCGAAACGGGCCCGCGCAUAUUGGCUCGGCGACACGCCGAGGCUCCUCCCCGAGUCUGGAUCUUUAUAUUUUGGGAGAAUUUCUUUGAACUCAGUUAGCAAGCUGGGUGAAGGAGGCAAGUUCCCACCGCCGGCUUGGUAGACGGGGUCCGCGCGCCGACACAGGCGAGGCAGCGCGAGGACUCGCCCACCUUCCUUGCAGCGGCGGUACGUCCCGAUCCUGUUCCUCUUUUCCCUCGUGGAGGAGAACCGAGGACUUACUUGACUGAGGAAAAUGCCAGUGAUGUGGAUGUGACCGUGAAAAGAGAACGUGUGACUGGAGGAGGCAGAAGAGCACGAGGAAAAGCGUUAUUUGAAGAGAAGAAUAAGCCAGCCACUCCAACCUUUUCUGCAUAUUGGUGCUAUUACUUCUGGGGUCCAUUUGCUUUUAUUCUCUUUAACCCACAAUUAAGAAAUCUUGACUUGAGGGCCAAGAGACAACCCCUUACAACUGGGGGACGCUUCUGGUUGGCAGAUCUUUUGGAUGUAGCAUUAGUGGAACAUUUAGACUCUCCUCGGGAAAAGCCACCAUGAAUUCGGUAGCUGGGAAUAAAGAGAGGCUUGCGGUCUCCAACAGGGGCAAGAAAUACGGGGUAAAUGAGGUCUGCUCGCCCACCAAGCCCGCGGCUCCCUUCUCCCCAGAGAGCUGGUACAGGAAAGCGUACGAGGAGUCGCGCGCUGGGAGCCGGCCUACCCCCGAGGGCGCGGGCUCGGCUCUUGGCUCGUCGGGAACCCCGUCCCCCGGCUCGGGCACCUCGUCCCCGAGCUCCUUCACCGGCUCCCCGGGUCCCGCCUCUCCGGGCAUCGGCACCAGCUCGCCGGGCUCCCUGGGCGGCUCGCCGGGCUUCGGCACCGGUUCCCCAGGCUCCGGCAGCGGCGGCGGCUCCUCCCCCGGCUCAGACCGCGGCGUCUGGUGCGAGAACUGCAACGCCCGCCUGGUGGAGCUGAAGAGGCAGGCUCUCAAGCUGCUUCUCCCGGGGCCCUUCCCGGGCAAGGAUCCUGCUUUCUCAGCUGUGAUUCAUGACAAGCUCCAGGUCCCCAACACCAUUCGGAAGGCAUGGAAUGACCGAGACAACCGCUGUGACAUUUGUGCCACCCACCUGAACCAGCUGAAACAGGAGGCCAUCCAGAUGGUGCUGACUUUGGAGCAGGCAGCUGGUAGUGAGCAUUAUGAUGCCUCACCUGGAUCACCCCCACCGCUCUCCAAUGCCCCCAACCUGGUGGGGUCCCGGCACAUGGGUGGGCUCCAGCAGCCCAGGGAUUGGGCCUUUGUGCCUGCCCCCUAUGCCACCUCCAACUACACAGGCCUUGUCAACAAGCACAGCAGCAAACCCAAUAGCCUUGGGGUCAGCAACGGGGCAGAAAAGAAGAGUGGAUCUCCCACCCAUCAGGCCAAGGUCAGCCUCCAGAUGGCCACAAGUCCCAGCAAUGGGAACAUUCUUAACUCGGUGGCCAUUCAGGCUCAUCAAUAUCUGGAUGGCACCUGGUCCCUUUCAAGAACCAAUGGGGUCACCCUGUACCCUUACCAGAUUUCCCAGCUGAUGACAGAGACUGGCCGGGAGGGCCUGACAGAAGCAGCUCUGAACCGCUACAAUGCAGACAAGCCAGCCGCCUCCUGUGUCCCCACCUCACAGGGCUCCUGUGUGGCCAGUGAGACUUCUACAGGCACCUCAGUGGCCGCUUCCUUCUUUGCAAGAGCUGCCCAGAAGUUAAAUCUGUCUUCCAAAAAGAAGAAGCAUCGACCUUCUACUUCUUCGGUUGCUGAGACACCUCUCUUUGCCACCAGCUUCAGUGGGAUUCUGCAGACCUCCCCUCCCCCAGCCCCACCCUGUCUGCUGAGGGCCGUCAACAAGGUGAAGGACACUCCAGGCCUGGGCAAGGUAAAAGUCAUGCUUCGUAUUUGUUCCACGCUGGCUCGUGAUACUUCAGAAUCCAGCUCUUUCUUAAAGGUGGAUCCACGGAAGAAGCAGAUCACCUUGUAUGAUCCCCUGACUUGUGGAGGUCAAAAUGCCUUCCAAAAGAGAAGCAACCAGGUCCCUCCUAAGAUGUUUGCCUUUGAUGCAGUUUUUCCACAAGAUGCUUCACAGGCUGAAGUGUGUGCUGGAACGGUUGCAGAAGUGAUCCAGUCUGUGGUCAAUGGGGCAGAUGGCUGCGUGUUCUGUUUCGGCCAUGCCAAGUUGGGAAAAUCCUAUACCAUGAUUGGGAAGGACGAUUCUAUGCAGAACCUUGGCAUCAUUCCCUGUGCCAUCUCUUGGCUCUUUAAGCUCAUCAAUGAACGGAAAGAAAAGACAGGAGCCCGUUUCUCUGUCCGGAUCUCAGCUGUAGAGGUGUGGGGGAAAGAAGAGAACCUGCGGGACCUACUGUCUGAGGUGGCCACUGGCAGCCUGCAGGACGGCCAAUCCCCAGGCGUGUACCUCUGUGAAGACCCCAUCUGUGGCACACAGCUGCAGAACCAGAGUGAACUGCGGGCCCCCACUGCAGAGAAGGCAGCCUUCUUUCUGGACGCCGCCAUUGCUUCGCGCCGGAGCAAUCAGCAGGACUGCGAUGAAGAUGACCACCGCAACUCCCACAUGCUCUUCACCCUGCACAUCUACCAGUACCGGAUGGAGAAGAGCGGGAAAGGCGGAAUGUCUGGAGGUCGCAGUCGCCUGCAUCUCAUUGAUCUUGGCAGCUGUGUGAAAGCUCUUAGCAAAAAUCGAGAAGGAGGUUCAGGGCUGUGCCUCUCACUGUCCGCAUUGGGCAAUGUCAUCCUGGCUCUCGUCAAUGGCAGCAAACAUAUCCCAUACAAAGAAAGCAAGCUCACCAUGCUGCUUCGGGAGUCUCUGGGGAACAUGAACUGUCGCACCACCAUGAUCGCUCACAUCUCUGCCGCAGCCGGGAACUAUGCAGAAACCCUGUCUACCAUCCAGAUCGCAUCAAGGGUCUUGAGGAUGAAGAAAAAGAAGACGAAGUACACAUCGAGCUCCUCUGGUGGAGAAAGCUCCUGUGAGGAAGGCCGAAUGCGUAGGCCCACCCAGCUGAGACCCUUCCACACCAGGGCCACAGUGGACCCUGACUUCCCCAUCGCGCACCUGUCCAGUGAUCCCGACUACUCCUCCAGCAGCGAGCAGUCUUGCGACACUGUCAUCUACAUCGGGCCUAACGGCACAGCCCUCUCCGACAAGGAGCUCACAGACAACGAGGGCCCCCCAGACUUUGUCCCCAUUGUGCCUGCCCUGCAGAAGACGAGAGGUGACAGCCGGCCCACAGAGGCAGGAGAGGCUGGGGCCAGCAAAUCAGAAAGGGACUGCUUGAAGUGCAACACAUUUGCUGAACUGCAAGAGAGACUAGACUGCAUUGAUGGCAGCGAGGAGCCCAGUAAGUUUCCUUUUGAAGAGCUGCCCGUCCAGUUUGGAGCAGAGCAAGCAAGCAAAUGCCCCUCGUUAAGCUACACAGCUGGGGCGAACUCACUUUCUGAGUCUGAUAAGGAAGAUAAUGGGUCAGAUGGCCAGCCGACUGAUCGGGAAGGCACAGACACCCCGGCCUGUAAGAUGCAAAGGAAUCACUCCCCUGUGCCUGCCACAGCACGCAGCAGCAGCCCCACCCCAGCCUCACCCCGGAGCAUCCCCGGUAGCAGCGGCCAGCAUGGUGCUUCCCAGCUGGUGCAGAGCCCCAGCCUCCAGAGCAGCCGAGAGAGCUUGAACUCCUGUGGCUUCAUGGAGGGCAAGCCCAGGCCCAUGGGCUCCCCACGACUGGGCAUCGCCAGCCUGUCCAAGACCUCCGAGUACAAACCCCCCAGCUCUCCUUCUCAGAGAUGCAAAGUGUACACCCAGAAGGGGGUCCUGCCGACCUCCGCCCCACUGCCACCCUUGAGCAAGGAUUCUGGCAUGGUCUCUAGCGAAUCCUUGCUGCAGCCUGAGGUACGCACCCCUCCAGUUGGAAUGAGCCCCCAGGUUUUGAAGAAAUCUAUGUCUGCUGGGAGUGAGGGGUUCCCAGAAACCCCUGUUGAGGAUGAGCAUCAGACAGCAUCUCCCCCAGACUCCAAGAAGGAGAUCCUGAGCACCACAAUGGUGACCGUGCAGCAGCCGUUGGAGCUGAACGGGGAGGACGAGCUGGUGUUCACGCUGGUGGAGGAGCUGACCAUCAGCGGGGUCCUGGACAGCGGCCGCCCCACCAGCAUCAUCAGCUUCAACAGCGACUGCUCUGUGCAGGCCUUAGCCUCAGGCUCCCGGCCUGUCAGCAUCAUCAGCAGCAUCAGCGAGGAUCUGGAGGGCUACUCCAGCAUGGCUCCCGUCUCGGAGGUGAGCAUCACACAGUUCUUGCCCCUUCCGAAGCUGAGCCUGGAUGGGAAGGCCCGGGAGGCGGGCAGCAGGCGUUCCUCCAUCAGCUCCUGGCUGAGCGAGAUGAGCGCCGGCAGUGAUGGCGAGCAAUCGUGCCACAGUUUCAUAGCCCAGACGUGUUUUGGGCACGGGGAGGCCAUGGCAGAACCUCCGGCUUCGGAGUUUGUCAGCAGCAUCCAGAACACCGCUGUGGUGUGCAGAGAGAAGCCCAAGGCGGGCCCUGACAACCUGCUCAUCCUGUCUGAGGUGGGGGAAGACUCUUUCAACAAAGCCACCCCCAUCAAAAGCUGCAAAAUAUCCACACUGGGCAAGGCCAUGGUCACUAUCUCCAAUACAGCCAAUCUGAGCAGUUGCGAAGGGUACAUCCCCAUGAAGACCAACAUCACAGUUUACCCCUGCAUUGCCAUGAGCCCUCGGAAUGCACAGGAGUCUGAGGCUUCUACUGCCACCUCCAAAGCAGCUGCCAGAGCAGCCCAGACCCAGGAGAGUAAAGAAACCAGUGUGAAGAAAGAAAUGAAAUUUGAGGACCCCUGGCUAAAACGAGAAGAGGAAGUAAAAAAAGAGAAUGCUUUUCCCAGUGAAGAAGGGAUUAGAUAUGAGACGGUCACAGGCCCCACUAAGCCUGAGACCAGACCAGAGCAAGAACAGGAUAGGAAACCCAGCCCUGGCGACAGGCUCAGCAGCAGCAGUGGAGAGGUAUCUGCCUCCCCAGUGACUGACAACUUCAAGAGGGUUGUGGAUGGCUGUGAGAUGGCCCUGCCUGGUUUGGUGGCCCAAAGCCCAAUGCAUUCCAGCAAAAGCCUGAAAUCCAGCAGCCUUCCUAGGGCAUUUCAGAAAGCCAGUAGACAUGAGGAGUUGGACAGCCUUUUCUACCACUGCACUGCUGACACCAACGGCAUGGGUACAGCAGCAGGCACCCAGGCCUCUAAGGCAACCCUGGAGCGCAAGGUGGCUUCUCCCAAGCAUUGUGUCCUUGCACGGCCCAAAGGGACUCCCCCUCUGCCCCCUGUCCGCAAGUCCAGCUUGGACCAGAAGAACCGGGCCAGCCCCCAGCACAGUGCCAGCAGCAGCAGCACCAGCAGCCCCUUGAACCAGCCAGCCACCUUCUUGGCCAGCUUCCCCGAUGAGCCUAGCAGCAAGAUGAAGGACGCCAGUAGCAGCAGCAAGCUCUUCAGUGCCAAGCUGGAGCAGCUGGCCAGCAGGACCAACUCUCUUGGCAGGACAACAGUCAGCCACUACGAAUGCCUCUCUCUGGAGAGGGCCGAGAGCCUGUCCUCCAUGAGCUCCCGACUGCACGCAGGCAAAGACAGCACCAUGCCCCGCGCUGGACGGAGCCUGGGCCGCAGCAGCGCAGGAGCCUCACCACCCAGCUGCAGCGCCGCCCAGUCAGCAGGCGCCUCCCCCAAGGCCAGCCAGUCCAAGAUCUCAGCUGUGAGCAAGCUCCUCCUGGCCAGCCCCAAGGCCCGCAGCCUGUCCACCCCCACCACCAAAACCCUCAGCUUCUCCACCAAGUCUUUGCCACAGUCGGUGGGCCAAAGCUCCAACUUGCCCCCCAGCGGGAAGCACAUGUCCUGGUCCACCCAGUCGCUCAGCAGGAACCGAAGCUCGGGACUGGCUUCCAAACUGCCCCUGAGAGCAGUCAAUGGGCGCAUCUCUGAGCUGCUGCAGGGAAGCGCAGGUGCCCGGGGCUUGCAAGUGCGGGCUGGACCCGAGGCGGAGGAGCGCAGUGGGGCCCCUGCAGAGGACAAGCCGGCCACAGCGCACCUGCUGCCCUCGCCCUACAGCAAGAUCACUCCGCCCCGGAAGCCACACCGCUGCAGCAGCGGGCAUGGCAGUGACAACAGCAGCGUGCUGAGCGGGGAGCUCCCGCCGGCCAUGGGGAAGACUGCCCUGUUCUACCACAGCGGUGGCAGCAGUGGCUACGAGAGCAUGAUGAGGGACAGCGAGGCCACCGGCAGUGCGUCCUCGGCCCAGGACUCCAUGAGCGAAAACAGCAGCUCUGUGGGUGGCAGGUGCAGGAGCCUGAAAACCCCGAAGAAACGGUCCAAUUCAGGUUCUCAGAGACGGAGGCUCAUCCCAGCAUUAUCCCUGGAUACCUCCUCCCCUGUGAGAAAACCCACCACCAGCUCAGGGGUCCGCUGGGUGGAUGGGCCCUUGCGGAGCACCCAGAGGGGCCUCGGGGAACCCUUUGAGAUUAAGGUCUAUGAAAUCGACGAUGUGGAACGCCUGCAGCGGCGACGCGGGGGCGCCAGCAAGGAGGUCAUGUGCUUUAAUGCGAAACUGAAAAUUCUGGAGCAUCGCCAGCAGAGAAUCGCAGAGGUCAGAGCCAAGUACGAGUGGCUGAUGAAGGAGCUGGAGAUGACCAAACAGUACCUGAUGCUGGACCCCAACAAGUGGCUCCGUGAAUUCGACUUGGAGCAGGUGCUGGAGCUGGAUUCCCUGGAGUACCUGGAGGCGCUGGAGUGCGUCACCGAGCGCCUGGAGAGCCGCGUCAACUUCUGCAAGGCCCAUCUCAUGAUGAUCACCUGCUUUGACAUCACCUCCAGGCGCCGAUAAGGAGAGGCAGAUCCCUGGCCCGCCAGUCCCCUCACUCCCCAGGACUGCAGAGAGACGUCGCCCUCCCCCAGGCCCUCGGUGCUGGUGGCACCCAAAGUCUAUAGAAUGAGGAUGAAGGUUGGUGGCAAGUCUGGAGGGAGCGUAGAGCGGAAGGCGAGUUUUCUUUUGUUUUCUGUCGUAGGGAAGGUGCAAACACCAAACAAUUGGAAGGAGAAAGUGAUGGGAAGCCCAAGGGAUGUCGAUGCCCUGUGAGACUGAAAAAGCACUUUGAGGAACUUAACUUGUUUGUACAUAAGAACUGCUGGCAAAGAGACCUCUCUCUUGUCUUGCUUUCGUGAGGGGGAGGGUGGACGUAGGAUUGCUGUUGAAAGCGAAAACAAAACACCCAUGACGAGAUGACCCAGGAUGACGGAUUAAGUGCCUUGCAAAUCUUUAUGAUUAUCCAAACAUUUAUGUUCAUACUCUCUUGUGUACAGAUGGUGCUAGUCAAGACGAAAACAACAAAACCAACAAAAAAGAAAAUACCACACGUUUUUGAAAUGUACUUAUGGCUCGUUUUCUCUUGGUGUUUUAUCCUAUUUCUGACUUGCUGUUUGUAAGUAAGUUGUGUUUGUAGAGCUAUUUCCUAACCAGUAUUGCAUAUGAAUAAAUGUUAACUGUCUUUUUUGAUGAUUCUGGUAAGGCCACUCAAACAGAACAUAAAGACUUCAUCCACACAGCAAGUGUGUAUUUCCAAAAAAAGGCUUUGGAACGGCAGGUGGUGCUCAGUGCCUCCUCCCACCACCAGCAGGUCGACCAGCAGACCCAGAGGGCUGAUUGUGAAGCAGUGCGAGUGAACUUGAGUAAUCAGGAGAGCAGACAGGGCUUGCAUCUCUAAGGAUAAAUUGUCCUUUGUGACCUGGACAAACCUCUCCAUGUAGGUAGGCUGUUUGCUCCAUAUGCAGCCCCUCAUCCAUGUCCUUUCCCCACCCAUCCAGGGUUUUGGUGAUCCUCAAAACACGUUCAUGUUCAUUUCUAUUCCAAAGACUCUGGAUGGAAAGCUUGAACCAAUUCAGCAGAGCCAUAUUUCUUUGUUUUCAAGUUUUGUGAAUUUAUUGAAGUGGCAGCAGGGGGCAGGGGGACUUUGAGUUGAGAGGCUUCUUCUGCUUCAUGCUUAUAGACUCCAAUAGCAUUGUUUAGAACAAGAAGGAGGCCAGGGAGAGUUAUCCAGAGUCCUUCUGGAAGCAAGAAGUUCAGUUCUUCCCUGUCGCAAAGCCUCCAUACUUCCCAGGGGUAAGGCUUGGCCCCCAAAGACAGAGAGAAGUUCCUUCUCCCUAAAUCCUAGCCAUGGACAGGCAGAGUAGAGUUGAAUGAAUAUGUAUGUCCAGGUAUUGGCUCCCCAAAACUUAGGACCUCAUUCUCUAAUUGCAAGUUUCCUUCAGGAUUAUUACACCUGUAUUAGGGACAAAAACCUGAGGCACAGAACAGCCAAGGGCAUUGCCGUACUGAGUACAGUUCAUCUUUGUCCUCAAAUGCAGUUUACCUUCGUGAGCCUCUUUCCAGGCUAAGCUGUCCCCACUAACCAACUUCUCAGCCCAGGCUGCUCCCCAAGGAAAAUUAAAUUAGCCUUUGCAUUUGUUGGUUGUGCCUCUGGACACCUAUAGCCCAAAACAGCUGGCUCAACAGCCAGGAGGGCUCAGCUAGGUUCUAAAUAGGAACUGAAGUCUUAGGAGCAUCAGAACAUGUGAUUUGUGACUCAUCAGAACAGGGCACAGAAGGCCCAUUAGCUCUCUUGCUUUAGAAGUCAGCCCCGUUGACCAACUCCAUGGGUCACAAGUCCAGCUUUACCCAUUCCGUAAGAGUCUGCUCCUGUGCAAAUGUACCCACUCAAGAUAUGCCUGAAUAUGCUAGUUGAAUGGACUAAAAUAUGGUGAAAGGGUUCAUUUUCCCCUUUCUGCAUCCUACAAGUUAAAUAAGUGUGUCACCUUGGGAAGUAGGGCCUCCCCCACCCCCAGCUCCUCAACCCAAACCCGUUCUGCAGAGUUCUGGGGCUCUGAGCCCACUUCUGGCCUCAUAGUACUUGCAUGCAUUGGCUUGCUUAACAACAUUCUCGAAAGCUUCUGGACCCUAGGGGAUGCCAGUCCUUUAAGUUGGUUUGUUUGCCCUUUGGGUUGCUAGUUUGAAAUAUACCACUCCAUGAAAAGCCUUUAUUUGGGGAAUUUUCAAAGGUGAGUAUGCCUUGUUUUUUUGUUGUAAACAAAUUCAUUUGAUAAGUAAUCAGUGAGCUUGGCUUUUGCCACUGCCACAUUCUCCCUUAGCCCUGAGGUCCUCAUGCUGCAGUGACUUCCUUUAGAAGGUCACCGACAGAGCCUGGUGCCUUUGCUGGAGUGAGACCAAGUGGAACAGUGGACUCUCUCCUAGGGAGUGGCCUUCAGCUUGCCUCCUGCCUAAAUCUACUUGUAUACAUUUGUAACAACUUUUGAUAUAUAACAAAAGGUUUAUAUCACCCAGAGUGAUCUUACCAAGUCAGACUGACUUCCCAAGAGGCCACAUCAUGGAACAGCCCACAGGAUCCUGCAGGUCAUGGAGUAGGAGAACAACUGCCUGUAAAUUGUCCAUUUUCUUUCUUUUUUUUUUGAUUUCUUUUCUUGUUUUACUUACAUAACUGCAAACAUUUUUAUUUACCAAGAGUUGAUAAACCAUGUGAAGAAGUCAUGUGUUUUACAUUAUGAGGGGCAUGUUCCUGACUAUACAGAUGAUGAUCUUUAAGCGCAAGAAAGAAGGUGCUAUUCCAAAGCAGCCUCAGUAACUGAAAAAGGUCAUAUAGGGUCCAGGUGGGAGAUGGCUCCAGGUGUCCUUUUGGUUUUGAUGACAGAUAGCCCAGGAAGGCCAAGGGAGCACCAAAGAACUCAUUUCUAUUUCAUUAUCCACAAAUUAAACGUUUUUUUUUUUUUAAAUUCACACUUAGAUGAAUAAACCUUACUUAAUUCCUUGUCUGAAACUUAUCCCACCAACUCUUGCUCCAUAUAGUUUAGUGUGAGGUCGAAGCAUUGCCAGCAGAACAAAACUGAGAUUCAAGAAAGGGAAGCAGAGAUCAUUUCCCCUGGAGUAAAUCCAUACUGCAUUUCAUGCUGGUGUUUUAUGAUGCGAGGGAGUGAUAGUUUGCUUUAUCCUGGCUUUCAGAUCCUGACCUGAGAGCUGGAACCUUUGAUCUUCUUGUCCUUGAAUUCCCCUCGAAAUCAUGGGGAAGCUGUCUCUCACUUUCAUCUCUUCCAGAUUUGAAUCAGCACACCUCCCUGUUGUUUUAUCUGUAAUUGCUAUUCUGAACAUGGGGGAACUUCAGAUGCAAAUGCAGAGGUGAGUCCUGUGAAUUCAAACAAGGACCCCAAGUAGGGAAGGGACUCCUGCUGGGAUUAAAAAAAAAGUAACACACACACACACACACACACACACACACACACGAAACCCAACAUGGGGGGUUUGGCAGGCAGGAAUUUGGCCCAGUUUGUCAUGAAGUAGCCUUAAGCUGGAAGUCUGAUUACAGUCACUUAAACCAUCCAGAGUGGUGGUUCCAAAAAAAAAAAAAAAAAAAAAAUCUUUUUAUACACACAUCCAAGUCUUUACGUUUGCUCCAAAGAUUUCCAUUCCAUUAUUGGAGUUGAAGAAGAAAGGAAUCUGUGCCCACUUGGGUAUGUACCUCAUGCCCUUAUAAAUCAGCCACCUUCUUUGGGCUUCAGAUGUUCAUCAUUCUAAUGUUCAUCAUUAAUUUGGGUUAAUCCAUAAGCCUUCAUCACAGAUAUAUCCAUUUGAAACCAUCCACAUGACCUUGACUCCUUGGGAUAGAAGGCAAGUCCAACGAGAGCCCACAAUUCGUUCAAAGUAAACACAGUUGCUGAUGUCAUUGGCAACUGCUUAUUUAUACUUGAGCCUUCCAAAAUAAUGAUGUAAUGAAUGUUUUUAGUGUCUUUAUUCCAACAAUAAUUUAGGCUAUAAAAAAAUUACUAAAGAUUAAUUCAUUUAAAAAUUGAAAAAGAUUCAUGAAUUUAGUUGUUCUUCCCUGCUGGAACAUCAUUUGCCCACUUUUUGAGCAUAUGCAAAAAUAUUUCCUGACUUUUCAAGGCAAUAUCGUAAACCCUGAAACCAUGCCAGUCAGAAACAGGCUGGAAGUCCUGGGUGCUAUUAGUUGAUGCUAUCUAAGCCACCCCAUGCCGUUGUCCCUGGGAUCUCGCUGCUUCUGCCCGGGCAGUGUGGCCCCACUUUCCACAGUGCAAGGGACACUCUUCAGGGCCACCGCAUGUGAGACUUCCAAGCAGGGAGGUAAAAUUUUUAAAAAAACAGUUCAGGCUGCUUUUCUCUAGGUGGCAAAGCCCGGCAUUUGAUUUCACCGAUGCUGCCAGUCUGAAGUUGGUUUAGCCAUGUGGUAGAAAUACCGCGUUCCUUUGGCUCAUAGCAUCUCUUUCUUCUCCUCCCAAAAGUGUCACAAUUUGUGAGUAAAAUCUCAUAAAUUGCAUCACUUAGCAAUCUUCCUGACAAAAUGACACAUUUCUAAAACACAAACUAUUUCUUAUUUCUGCAAUAAUAAAAGCAGAAUUCCAAUCCAGGAGAAACUAUUAAAACUUCUCAUCUCAAAAAAGUGUAUUUGUUUGUUUUUUAAAUCCCUAAGAGCUAAUUCACCCAACCCUAAACAAACACCAUCUGCUUUUGAGUGGCCCUACUCAGAACCUGAGGUGUGGUCAUGAUAUUGGACAGACAGGUGCCUGAGGGAGUAUCAAGUCAACAUUCCCUCUUACUGAUAUUCUGAGCACAGCCCUUCCCAGUGUCCGUGUGUGCAGAGGUGACACAGGCACUGGUGCUCAUGUGUCUAUUUAUAUAACACAAAGAAGUUACUUUCAGGACUGGGGAGAUAGCUCAGUUGGUAAAGUGCUUGCCUUGCAAGCACAGGGCCCUGGGUUCAAUCCCAGCACCACAAUAAAAAAAAAAAAAAAAAAAAAAAAA